AUGACUGUUCCACUAUUCGUUGUAAUUUUUUCUCGCCUUGCUGGAAAGCAGUACACUUGCAAAACCUACCUAGCUUUACUUACUAUUAUCGCUGGUGUAAUUUUAACUUCAAAAACUGAGGUUACUUUUACUGUUCCCGGCUUGGUUGUCGGCCUUCUUUCUACAAUGGGCACUGCAGCUCUUAAUGUCUAUACGAAAACGGUUCUCAGUUGCUCCAAUCUCCACAUUAGUAAUAUCUUAUUUGUGCUAUCUGGCUCAAGUCUUUUGUGGAUUUUGCCCAUUUGGAUCUUCGUUGAUCUUCAAGUCAUGCUGGGAUCGGAUAGAGGAGUAUUGUAUUCUCAAAUUCAACGAGGUGGCUUCUAUUUUUUGCUGGACGGUAUCUUUCGAUGUUCUCAAAAUUUCUUGGCUAUUAUUAUGUUGGCUCAUCUUUCAGCUUUGAGUCAUUCAGUCGCGGGUGUGGUGAAACGACUGUUUGUGAUUUUAACGGCAAUUGCCUUCUUUGCAACGCCUUCCUCUCCACUAACCUACUUUGGACUCAGUCUUGCGCUAGCUGGACUCCUGUGGUACAAUUUGGUAAGCGAAUCUCUCCAUUGCUGA